UUAUUGUUGGUGGUUGGUGGUGGUGCUAACAUUAGCACAAGAAGAACCCCCGAUAGCUGGCUCCUCUCACGUUGUCUUUUAAAGAUGUAGCGUUAAAAUUGAUUGUCAACAACAUUAGCAUCUGUAGCCGUGCUGAGGGUGUUUAUAUCUGCGGACUAGAGGAGAUGUCAGACCUUCCUCUGAUCUGUUACCAGAGAGUCGAGGAGGCGAGAAUGAGAGACGAGGGCUCGAGCCUAUAAACACAGGAGACAGGGAGGAUGAUUUCACGAUACAACAGAAGACCUGUAUCUCACAAGCUGGAGAUUCGCGGGUUGUCUCGCAGCAGCCUCGACCACCACCCUCUCCCAGAGGAAGCAGACGAUAACCAAACGCCUCAGCGUUACCUCCAUGACCUCCAGGAAGCUGUCUCUGCUCAUAACAGCUCAGAGACGUCUGCUGCCUCAGGUCACUCUGACUGUCCCACCGUCAUCUCAGUAGACUCCAGCCAGUCCUGGUCAGGUAUCCACAGCUCCACGGGCACUGGCAUCUCCACAGAGAGGAGCUCUGUUUUUUCCUGGGGCUACGAUGAGUUCGACAAGGCAGCAUCACGGCAGGUGCAGCAAAUGUUUGAGGAGAUCGACAAAGAGCUGUACGAGGGGAGAGGCAGCGGGGGAGGGAUACUCCAGGGGCUGCAGGAUGAAUGUCAGCAGUGGGCCACACGUUUCCCACAUCUUCGGAUCCUGGGAACUCAGCUGAUGUGUCCCAGUGAUGACGGCUUCCAGUGGUACGCUACUUCAGGCAGCGCUGCCAGCAGCCCAUCAGCAGGCAAAGAGAGCAGUGUGAAGUCCCAGGAGAAAGACAAGGGUGGCACCGAGUUGAACGUGCAAGGCAGGAGAGCGCCGCUGAUCACUUCCACCUCAGCAGAGCUGGAUGAGCCUCCUGGCACCUCCAGUGGCUCCAGCAGUCAUGACAAGCCGAGAGUGAUUGAAGUGGAGGGUCUGAUGGAAGAGUACUUGGCUUUCGAUAGCAAGGACGUGGAGGACGAGUGGGAGCAGGAUUGUUCGGAGUCGGGUCGGAGGCAUCACUGUAUGCCCCCUGUCUCUCCAUACCGGUGUCGCCGUCAAGCUGUGCUCGACCUGCUGUUUGACGAUGUGUGGCGGCAGCUGGUUGGCUGGAUGAAAGAGCUGGUUCAACGCCACUGGGAAUGCGGCACCUCAAAUGAUGAAAAGAUUUCUGGGAACUUGAGCCCCGUGCAACUAGACUCCCAGAAUCCCUUCAUGCUGCUCUCCAUGCUGCCCACGAUGCUGCCCAAACUCUGCCAGAGCAGGGUGCCUCCGCUCACAGCCGGGCUGCAGUUCCAGAACACAAAGUCAAGGGGCUCAAAGCACAAGUCCAGACGGAAAACCAAAAAGCAGAAAAGGCCUUCCAGUGCUGGAAGGGUCCCAGUAGGAACAGCAGCGACCCAGCACAACCUGAAUGACCUCAUCGUGAUCCACAGCAUCCCACUGCAGCAGAGGAACCUGGGUGUGCUGGAAAGAAACCAGGAGCCAGAAGAGCGAGCGUCUCACAGACCAGGCUCCAGCGCGGUCCCCUCCAACAAACCUCGCCCUCGCCGAACCCUGGAGCAGAGCUCUUCCUCGCUGUCCCGCCCGGCACAGUCUGCCCGACGCAGAAACCCUCCUCCCAGAACCCUCCUGCCACUGGUUCCCAGUCUUAGUCAGGCCAGCGCAGCGGGAUCCAUGGAUGAGGUCAUCCGCGGGACACGUCUACACACAGCCAGCGACUGCCUGACGUCUCCGCUGUUGCCUCUGAGCAGGAACACACUCCUUCCCCCCAUCAGCACCGGAGACCCAGAGUCGUCUCACUCGGGGCAGCAGUCCAAACUUGCACAGCGUCAGAAAGGCCCAUCCAGCCGCGCCCAUAGUGCUAUAAAUGAUGAAGCUGGCAGUUUAAUACCAAGGGAUCGUCACCUCCUACUGGACGUCUUCUCUCGCCCCAACACCACUCACACAUACAGGUCGGAUACUCCAUACCGUCGUUCCUUCACAGUAUUGGACAACAUCGGGCAGGGGCGGACAGGCAGAGCCUCUGUUGCCACAGACUCUCUUGGAAUCGGCGUGACAGGCAUCAGUCUUGGCAUCAGCAGCUCAUCUUUCUUGGACUCGUUUUCCCACCACCCCUUGGGGCACUCGCCCAUCAAAGAUAAAGAGGAGCCAGACUCACAAGUCCCCGUCCCAGCGCCGCUGGUGCCCGUGUCAGUCCCACCUCGCUCAUACACCAGGGGAGGCAUCUCAUCCAGAGCCAGCAGACCUGGCUUGUAGUUUGCCUCCAGACACCUUCAGCCAUUCAUUUUUAUUCACAACAAAGUGCAACACUCCACUAAACUUUUUUUUUUUUUACAGAAGUAGCAAAAUUUUUUUUCACAUGAUGCUGCUUUGAUGAAGUUUUUGUUAAGAGGCCUAUUUUUGUAUUUCAGAAAUCAGCUUAUGUGGCUGCCAAACACAACGAUAACUCCAUCUUCAUGUACAGCAUGAGGUGUAUGCCUGGACAUUUAUACUUAUGUAUGUAUGUAUGUAUGUAUGAUCUGAAUGUGUAUAUAUCUAUUUAAAUGUGAAUGUACAGUAUAUUAGCCUCCGUGGUGUGUUGUUGUUUUGCUGGUAAAUGACUAUGCAGGGGAUAACACAUCCACUCAGACAGGGAUAGAAAGGAUAACAAGCACUUUUUUCCAUCUCUGAUGCUACGUCAGAGAGUUUGGUACUGUAUCUUUUUAUAAGGACCCAGACUCAAACACCCUGUGUUAAAAACAAAGAGAAGAAAUUAACCAAC